CAAAAAGAUAUAAGAACUCAUCAAUUCUCGUCAUAUUCCCUAUCUCUUCAUUCCCAUCUCAACCCCUUUGAACAUUUGUCAAACACACAGUAUCCAUUCUCAUCCUCAACCAUAUCAUCUCAUUCGAAUUUAUAACUUAGCUCCCUUCAUCUCAUCUUCUUUGAACCGAUUCACUCAACAUAUCAAAACACAUCACUGUUUUACAUAUCUAUCUUUCCUCCUCUUGACCAUCUUCGUCCCUUUCAUAUAAGCCUUUUCAUCAAAAUCCAAGCGUCUUUUUAAAUUCCCAACACAAACAUAUCAUUCAAGAUGUUAUCAGACCCUGUCUUCACUUCUAUCAACGCUAAUCUCUACCACCCCGAUCAUGUACUCAAACAUCCUGACUUUAAAAUCCUCAAAGCAGAUGAAGUUAAACACGUCUCUCCUUCAACUAACAUUGCGUGCUUUUACAAUGACAAGAAACAGAUUCAUAUGGUACAGAAACCUAUGCCAGAAGUUCAUCCUGGUCAAGUCUUACUUCAUGUAAGAGCCACCGGUAUCUGUGGAUCUGAUGUUCAUUUCUGGAAACACUCCCGAGUUGGUGACACCAUGGUUGUAAAAGAUGAGUGCGGUGGUGGUCAUGAAUCAGCCGGUGAAGUUAUCCAGGUUGGAGAAGGUGUCACUCACCUCAAAGUCGGUGAUCGUGUCGCGAUCGAGGCUGGUAUUCCAUGUUCCAAGCCAACUUGUGAGAUGUGCCUCACAGGUCGAUACAACGCUUGUCCCGAUAUAGUCUUUUUCUCGACUCCACCAUUCCAUGGACUCCUCACUCGGUUUCACGCUCAUCCAGCAUGUUGGCUUCACAAACUUCCACCUUCGAUUUCCUAUGAAGAAGGAUCAUUACUCGAACCCUUGGCUGUCUCUCUGGCCGGUAUUGAACGUUCUGGUCUUCGACUGGGUGACCCAGUCUUAAUCUGUGGAGCUGGUCCAAUCGGUCUAGUCACCCUACUCGCUUGUCGUGCAGCAGGUGCAUCACCCAUUGCGAUCACCGAUCUUUCCGAUGACCGUCUCAACUUUGCUAAACAACUCGUCCCAACUGUCAAGACUGUCAAAGUUGGUCGAUCUUCAACUUCAAAAGAGGUUGCAGAUCAAGUAGUAGAAGUUAUGGGUUUAAAGCCCUCAAUCGCCAUUGAAUGCAGUGGAUUUGAAUCCUCGAUCAAUGCAGCUAUCUUUAGUAUGAAAUUCGGUGGUAAAGUGUUUGUGAUUGGAGUAGGAAAGGAUGAACAAGUUUACCCAUUCAUGCACAUGAGUGCCAACGAGAUCGACUUACAAUUCCAAUUCCGAUACGCAAACCAAUACCCAAAAGCCAUCAGGUUAUUGGAAGAUGGUCUGAUCGAUCUCAAACCAUUGGUCACUCACCGUUUUGCACUAGAAAAGGCUGUGGAAGCAUUUGAAACUGCAGCAGAUAUCAAAUCAGGUUCAAUCAAAGUUCAAAUUCUCGAUCUUUGAUCCCCCCAAACGCUUUCAAUCUUUAAUGUUUCCGGUAAAAGGACAAUCGAAUGAAUAAACUCUCCCAACCUGAAGGAAAAUUGUGACAUUACAAUGUUUUUGGUUCUUUUUUUGUCGUUGGUUUGAAGAUUUUUUAUCUUUUGUUUACCUUAAUUUUUGAAUCUUCCUUUUAAUCGAACCUCGCAAUCAAAAAUCUCAAAUUGUAUUAAACUUUUCAAUUCCGUUUGUUUUUUUCCAUCUCUCUAGUCUUGGCUAGUAUUCUCAGUCUCAAGAAUCAGUUUUCUUCGGUUUCAUCUACUUGUAUUUCUAAGAUGAAUGAAUCCUACCUUGAAAGAUUCGUAGUAGUGCUUUCAAAAGAACAAUAAUAAUAAGCAAUUUUGGGUAUCGUGUUUUCAAAUUC